GCCGCCUUCCGUGGGAUGUGUCUCUGGGUAUCACCCUCCUCCAUCCCGCUUCCUCCUCGCCUCUCCUCCAUUUCCUGCUCCCCCUUCUUUUGAUAUCCCCCCCUCUCUCCCUCCCUCCCUUGCCCAACCGACUAUGAAUAACGGACACGAGCUGACCGUUGUCCUCCCCGGUGACACCCUCUGGACCAACUGUCCAUCGGUGGCGGCGGCCUCGCCGACGGCCGGGAACCUGGCCAGCGGCACGGAGAACGCCCCUCUGACCCUGGGCCCCGGUGUGCGGGCCAUCUUGCUGGACGCCGAGGCGGAGCCCAGCGACUCGGCCACGCCGGUGGCCAUCGUCAGCUCCAGGGCCGGUGUGGCAUGGCGCGGUCCGGGCGCCGCGAAGAGCGCCUCCGCCCCGAAAUCCCUCUGGGUGGAGUCCCACAGCCGCCGGUACCUUCCGGCCGAGAAUGAGUCGGUGAUCGGUGUCAUUGUCGACCGCGCCGGGGAAACCUACCGCGUGGACAUCGGCGCGCCCACUCUCGCCUCUUUGCCGCUCAUGGCCUUCGAGGGGGCAACCAAGAAGGUCCACCCCGACCUCAAGCCCGGAGCCGUUAUCUACACGCGCAUCUCCAUGGCCUACCGUGACCUGGACCCGCCGGAGCUGGACUGUCGCCAGGCCGAUGGGCUUGGCGGCCAUUAUGGCGCUCUGCCGGUGGACGGGCCCAUUUACUGCUUCAAUGUGCCGAUUGCCGCGGCCCGGCGCCUGCGCGCCCCAUGCCCGGCCGGCAACACCCGGCCCCCGGCCCGCGAUCGCCAGCCCCUCAGCGUGCUGGACAUCAUGCGCACGCACUUCCACUUUGAGGAUUGUGUCGGCGACAAUGGCGUCGUCUGGAUUCGUGGCCUGGGCUCGCUCGAGGGGGCCAACGCCUACCGGGCAGUGGCUCUACUGGCCGAGGCCAUCAAGAUGGCCGACGGCUGCUCGCAGGACAUGGUCAACAAGAUUGCCAAGACCCUGGUCGAUACCCUGGGGCUCCACUCUUCAUGAGAGGAGGUGCCCUCCCGGGGGGCGAGGGGCCAGGCGGCGGCUCCGGUGCAGGAGGCUGCGCGCGCGCGUUGCGGCAUUUUCCCUCCCCCCCCUCCCCCCCCCCCUCUGUGUGCCCUCCCGGCUGCAUGCUCUGGUGAGCGUGCCUCUGCCCGCACGCCUGCCGGCCCUGCUGGCCCCUCGCCCGAUGUCGGUGUUCUCCCAGCGCGCGCAC